AUGUCCCACCCAAUCAUCUUCAACGGCAGUCUCGGUCUGGGCCUCAUGAUAGUCGGCCUCGGUCUCAACGCCACCCUCCGCCCAAACGACCAUCUCCAACGCCUAGAGUUUCCCAUCCCCACUGAACCUCUGGCUAAAAAGUUCAGUCUCGCGCUCAUGCGGAUCUGGGGCAUUCGCAACAUCACUGUCGGCGUGUUGAUCUCCAUCAUCUGGACUACAGGGGAUGAGAACCUCAUGGCCAAGGCCUUGAGUGCAGCGCUGGCUAUGCCCAUUACUGAUGGGUUUGUGAGUCGGAUUAUUAUCGGCGGUGGUGAGACACAGCAUUGGGUGUUUCCUCCUUUGCUUGUGGUAAUGAUUGUUGGGUUGUUUGGAUACUUUUAA